GAUAUCCUCCUCUCUUUUGCUUCAUUCCUGUCUGCACUUUUUAGAUGGUGAGUUUCAGACAGUGAAGAGGGAAGUAAGUAAAGGUUUCAGACUGUUAAACUUUUUGUUACUGAGUUGUAUUUUUUUUAUACACUUUGCUUAACGACACUAUGUCAGAAAGCAUUGUAAGAAAAAUUCAGCCUUUCACAAUCGGGACUAAACUGUCAGUGCCGGCUGUGCCAAAAUAUUCAGAUGUGACAGAGGAUAACAUGUCAAAUCGGUCGUUGGACAACUGCAAGCUACAGCACAAUCUAAAUGACAAGGUGUCUCUCUACCUUGACCAGCCUCAGAUGUGUGUCUCUGAAAGGCAUUGUGCGCCUGUAAUGACCCAAGACACUCUAGAGAAGCGUUGUCAAGAGGAAAUGGUGAAAGAGGAUCACCUGAACAGAAACAUAGCCUCUCCAACUGCUACUUCCAGAGCCAUUCGAAAAAUCACCAUUUCUAGCAGUGUGGAAACCACCAAGGAAACAGAGAUCCUAAGGGCAAAGCAGCGUGAAAUGAAAAUAAACCCAAAUUCGGAGAACAUUAACAACAAUAAUAACAUCACAACUGACAGCGCACAACUUCCGAGGAUAGUGGGGGUUAGCUGCGAAAAAAAACCAAGUUCCCAUUUCAAGGUACCAGUUUUGUUGCACAGAGACUCAAAUAAUGAACCAAGUAGCAGCAAUGAGCAAACAAGUGGAUUUCUGCUUAACUUGGAGAGAUGUUUAGAUGUCCAACAGACUCCAGUGCUCCAAUCCCAGUCACUCAAAAAUGAUCUUGUCAAGGGGAACAGCUCUCCCUGCAGACAAAACGAGGUCUCCAUGGUUUCAAAAGUUUUGUCUGUUCAAAAGGACUACUUUUUCACACAGCAAAAUGCACUCUUCAGCAAGGAGAUAUCUCAGGCUGAGGCAUGGAUCCAAGAGAAGCUAAAGAAACUCAAAGAUAUUCAGACAUGUUCCAUGAUGGAUUGGGAGGAAGUGACCCAGACUCUCCAGAGAGACCUGAAGGACUUUGAGAACACACUCAUUCAGCUUAACCAGAUGGGAGAGCAAUUGAUGUGCAAGCUGAACCCAACCUCUGAUAUGGUGAGGAAGCAGCUCAGCCAGCUCAGAGACCAGUGGAACACACUUAAACAGACAGCUGCCAAUCAAACCAGAGUAAUUAGUGGAUUCCAAAGUCUGCAUGAAUUCAACAAGAAGGUGGAUAAGCUGGAGGCCUGGAUCAAACAGAAGCAGGAAGAAGAGCCAUCGCUGGCCAGCCCCCUUGGAGAAAACAAUGAUAAGUUGCAGCUGACUCGACAGUUACUAGAUUUGAAACAGGAUAAGCAGCUAUAUAGAAACCUUCAUGAGGAGAUCAACCAACUGGCUCUCAAACUGGAGAAACAGGGAAAGGGUGAGGGAAAGAACAUUUCCACUAGGAGGAAGCACAUUAACAAAAUGUGGUUGAAAAUUCAGUCCCACCUAAAAGACUGUCAGGACAAUCUACAGCUCGCUUUGGAAGCCUCCACCUUCUUCCAGCAGGCUGAUAAUUUCAUUGCUUCUGUCAACAACAUGAGAAAAGCCCUUUCUGUAACCAAUCAAGCUACGUUCAGUGGAGAUGGGGAGAUUCUGGAUAUUGCGAGCCAAAUUAUGGUCCUGGAUGUGACAGUGUCACAGCUAUCUAACCUGCAUCCUGCAUUAGCUGCUAGAGUUGCUGAGAAACAGGCCAAGGUGAAGGACAGCUGGCUCCUCCUCCAGAGCACUGUCAGGAAUGUGAAGACAGAGCCGUUGACCUCUGUCUGCUUUGUCACUGGGGAAGACAGUGAUCUCUCAAUCUCAAACAAAGAGCUUUUCUCCAGUAUGGGAAUGGACCAGCACAGAAUCAUGGGAAAAGAGGUUAAGGACGAGCAAAACCGACUGAAAGGGACUACGGGUGGGAGAAGCUUGGAUUUAACUAGGAAGCCCCUGGACAGCCAUCAGGAGCCUCUGCCAAACCCAGUGGUGAGCGUGGGGAAUACUUGCACCAGUGAAGUCAGCACAAAGUUCCAGGAUCAGAGCAAAAGUGGGGCGAUGCCGAAGACCCACAGCCACCCACAUCUCCAUGAGCAGCUCGAGAAAUUCACUGUGUCUGCAGACAAGACCCUCUCAUGGCUCAAAGACAGUGUCACCAUGGCAACGCACAUCUGCAGUAGUGGUGGAGGGCCCAGCAGCUAUGAGGCAGCCAAGAGGUACCAAGCGUCUCUGGAACAGGACAUCCUGUCAAACAAAGCUCGCAUAGAGCUGGUCAAGAAGGAAGGUCAUAGCCUGGUGCGUGCUCACCACCCUGGCAGUGCUAAGAUCCAGGACUUCCUCAGUCAGCUGGAAGUUCUGUGGGAGGAACUUAAGAAACGCCACCAAAGGAAUGGAAUGAUCCUACGGGGCUCAGAGGAACUCAACUAUAGGGCAGUCAAGCUUCUGCAGGGGCUGGGCAGUCUGGAGGCCUGGCUAGAGGCAGUAGAGCUGUCAAUAAGGCAGGCCUCUUUGGCAGGAGACCCUGAGUCAGUUAGUGUGGCUGAGAGAGAGAGCCGUCUGCUAGAGAGGGAGCUGGAAACACACAACCUGGAUCUCCAUAACCUUAAACAAGAGCUGGAGGCUCUCCAGAGUCAGAGACACCUCCACACUCAGCUACUCCCUUCACGCAUGGAGCAAGUGGAAAGAAAAUUUAGAAGCAUACAGAUGGCACUGACCCAACAGAGCUCUGAGUUAAAGGACACACGCAUGCUGACAGAGUUUCUAGAGAGAGUAGAACUGGAGGAGAACCACUAUGGCAGUGUGGGACAGCCUCUGCAGAGUGAUCUGGACUGUGCAUCGCCCCUAUUGCCCCUGCGGGAGAGCAGAAACAGCAAGCCCCUGAUUGAAAGUCUCGGAGACCCUGUAGAGGAGCUGAGGGAAGCCGUGGAAAUGCUCAAUGACACAGCACGAGAAAGAAGCCGCUCACAGUCACAUGACCAGUGCAUUCAGGAACUUAUCAGCAGGCACUCCAUAGUGGUGGCAAGGGUGGAGCAGUGUCUACAGCGCUGCACAGAGCUAGCUGUAGAUGUUCUGGAUAUGGAGAGUGAGAUGGCUGUCCGUUGUGAGCCAGAGCAUUGUGGCAUGGACAGCCUACAGGAGCAGCAAGACCAGCUGGAGGCUGACUUUGCAGGACUCAAGGAAAAAGUGGACGCUAUGGACAAUCUGUCUGCCCGCCUGUUGGAUCUGUGCCCAGAGAGAGUGCACACGCUGGGGAACAAGGUUCAGAGCAGCCUGCAAGCCUGGGGUGAGCUGGCCAAGAGUAUAGCCGAAAACCGGAGCAGGCUGCUGCAAUUUGGCCACCUUCGCCAUUUCUUCAGGAAAUACCUAGCAAUGAUAUCUUGGACAGAAGACACCCGUUCCCGCAUAUUCUCUGAGAGUGCUCUGCACCAUGAGAACCAGGGCUCAUUGGUUGAACUCCUGGACAAGCAAAUAGAGCAGAAGUUUCAGGAGUUUGACAUUCUUGCAUCUGCAGGAAAGAAGCUCCUCAAUGAAGACCAUCACUUGGCCAAGAUGAUCAAAGAGAGGAUGGAGGAGCUGAGGAGCAUGCUGGGAUGGAUCCUGGUCCACUGGAGGGCCCAGAAGAUCCAGUGGCUGAACAGGAAGAGAGCAGAGGAACCACACAAUGAUGCCAUUUACUCUGAAGCUACUAUUUGCUCUCUCCUUCCAGAGCUGGAAUCAGAAACAUCAUCUGAAGACCAACUGAAGACACAGGGUCCUGUCACUGUGUCCCUUAGUGGUCUAGAGGAUAAUGUACAGCAGGAUAAUGGGUAUGAGCUCAUGGAAAGUGUCACUCUCAAAGACAGUAAGACCCAGAGUGGUUCAGAGGAGCUUGAUUCACCCUACUUGGUGCUGAAGGAGCCCAGCACACCAUCUCUUGGAGGCACAGUAAACCUCAUCCUCAGCUUUGGUAACUCAGGGGACAGUCAGCUACAGGUAGAGGAGUCAGACACUGAGAAGGCAGAGCAAUUCUCAGAGGCUGUUCAUAGGCCAACCGUGCCUCACUCUUCUGUCUAUAAAAGCUUUUGGAAACGCUGCCAGGGGCUAUUUGGUAGUUUAAAGCGAAAGAAAAAGGUUUAUCAACAAAGUGCAGAAGAGGUAAGUACAUACUUGAAACUUAAGGACACAGUUCCACCAGUAGCCCCUGUAUAUGAAAGUAUGACACUACCUCAACCUCAUGGAAUUAUGCAGAUCCCUGCUUCCUCCUGUCCCUUUACCUCCCUGUACUUGUCCUCCUCUCCUGACAUGGACUGUACAACCAUCCAUUCACUACCAAUGAGCAGUGCAAACUCCAUCUUUAGCAACUUGAAGAGUAAAAGCAUAAAGAGGAAGAAAAAGAAAGGUAUUCAUAGGCACACUGUACAAAAGAUCAUGGGAGUUGAACCUUCAGAGAAGGCAUCUUCUACAAUGCAUGAGCAUGUUAUGUACAACAUGCAUACCUGGCCUCUAAAGGAAAAGAAAAAAAGAAAGAGUGGGAGGAAAUCUGACUGCAAAGAAACUCAGCUCUUGGGCUAUGUGAAGAACCCUCUAGCAAAGCACAUUGAUGCUGAGUGUCCAAGAGGGCUUCCAGGUCCUCUAAUGGAGCUACCCACCACUGCCACCACUGAUUAUGUGAAGAACCAUUGCAGGUUCCUCUCAUUAGGUUCUGUGCUGAGUUUUGACCUGCCCACAGACAUGAGCCUUAUCCCAAGUAUUCAAGAUAUCAUCACUAUUGGCUCAGCAGAUUCCAGAAAAGCAGCCCCCCCAAAUAAGGAUUCUCACACAGAGCAUUAUACAGCUCUUAGCACGUUCAAACUGGCUCGCUCACAACCAACACACAAAAACAAUGAGUCCAAACGUAGCCCUCCAGGGGAAAUAAACCUCAAGACUGACUUUCAGGACAAUCAGAGAAUCCACAAAGAUGCUAUUUCAGUUUCUCAUAAAGAUUUCCCUUUUCAUCAUCUCUCAGCUGAACACUCAUCUAAGGAAAGUCUAAUCUUAUCUCUCAGCAAGCCAACCAGUGAUCACCAGACUGCAGACAAUCCAGCUUUUAACAAGGGGAAUUCACAGCAGAGUGAAGAGAGUAUUUCAGCACGAAAUCACUGUCAAAACUCUACAGCAGAAAUCCACUCAUACCCCAAUGUCCACACUCUAAUCCAGGAAUUUAAUGGACAUCAGUACCAUAAAGCCAAGCCCACCUGCUCUCAACCAAGGAGAGAGAGUCCUGUGGUUAGCCAGAGCCAUGCAUCCCACAUAGUCCUAAACUUUACAUCCAAUGGAAGACAAGACUUGGUAGACUCUCGGCACUCAAACUCAGGGAGCUUUAAGCUAUGUACUGAGGAUUCAUAUUUUGAUACUUUAGAAUUCCCAGCACCCAGGAGAGCUGUGGGAAAGUUGUUCUCUCUGGAAUUAGAAUCUCACAAGAAUAUGGAAUGCCUGAAAAUAGAACCCACUAACUUACCUGAAGAUGACCCUGUCCACCCUGACCACCAGCAAUUUGAGCAGGAAGAAGAGGAGCUGGAGGACAUAUGGAACCAAACCAAUAGCUAUCGUCAGAGCAUCUGUUCAGAUAUCAUGUACCAGAAUAGUGAGGCAGAGCCUACCAUCUGUUCUUCAGACCACCAGAGGGAGCCCUCACCUAAAGAAGUAGUGCUAGUCAGGCAUCUCAUCUCUGCCUCCACACCUAACCUCCUGGGAGCAGAGUUCAGACUUCCAUCCAGUCAUACUCUAAUGGGUUAUGGGAAGGACUGCAACAUUAGAGAGGAGGGUCAUGUAUUAGCUAAGAGGGAGAGGAGGUCCUGGGCUGCUUUUCCUCAGCAGGACCAGUCUUCUAAAGAGGGAGUGCUGAUUAAUGAGACGGCCUCAGAUUCUGUGACUCUUCCAGAAAUAGAGGAUCAACAAAAAUACAUAUACAAGUAUAGGGAGGAGGAGGAGGAGGAGGAGGAUACAGGAGGUAUGAAGGGCCACUCACUGAACUUCUUAUCUGUUCACAUUGAUCUGGAAGGGGCUGGCCCUGAUUCAGACACCCUAGUGCACAGCCCCACCACCAGGGGGCAUUCUAGCUUGGUGAGUGGGAGGCGAGAGUUUCCAUCAAUGGAAGGUACACUAGAGAGGAAACACAAGCUGCUGGUGGGUGGUAGGAUGGCACUGUGCAGAACAUGGAGCUCAUACCAUGCUGUCCUGUACAGGCAAACUCUGUGUUUUUACCAUGACAGAAAAGACACAAUAAGUAAUUCUGUGAUCAGCUUUCCUAUAAACCUAAAUGGGGCAGAAUGUGUUCAAGCACCAGAGUACACAAAGAAACCAAACUGCUUCAGUCUCAGAUUGUGUGAUGGCUCCGAAUAUCUCUUCAGUGCACCCUCUCAUUUCAUGAUGAAGAAAUGGAUCCUUCAAAUCCAAGCAAACACUGAAUCUAGUGAGUCUGAAGCGAAUAUAAACACAUCAUGCGGGCCAGCAGCACAAUCCGUGUUCCCCAGAAGUGUGUCAUCUCCUGUUCGCUGUCAAUGUGAAGCUUUAUGCCAGUGCUCUAUGAAGGGCGAGGAAUCCCUAAAUCUCCCAAGCUGUAGACAGUUAGGCUCUGCCAGAACAAAACAGAUCAUCUUUCUUGAACAAGACAGCUCUAACAUCCCUCAGCAGCACUGUGAGAAAAUGGAGGAACUGUCAUCUACAUUAUAUUCACAUGCAAGCCAUUAUGACUCUCUUGGUGAUUUGCCAGAUCAGAAACUCCAUUCUCAAAGCUUCAGAGGUCUGUCCUACUCUCUUUGCCCCAGUCAAGACUGCAGCACUAGCAAGAAACGUUCCCACUCCUUCACCUCAGCAACAUACCAAAGGAUCAAGCCUGUUAGACUGCCCCCUAAAGGCAGAGGACAGGACAGCAACUCUAGCUACUCUGUGACCCUUUUUAUAGGGGAUGGAGAGAAGCCAUCUGUGUGUAGCAGCACUGCACUGCUCCAGCCCAUCAGCAGCAGACAGAAGUCCCCUGAACUGCCUCACAUGAGCUAUGCCAGCCUCCCACAAUCUCAAAGUAAAUCUGUCUUUAGGAAGUUCUUUGGGAAGAAGGACUAAUUGGGGGCCUUAGUGACACAGUAGGCCAAUAUGUCACUGUUUCCAUGUGCAGGGCACAACUGAAAUGUUUGUUGUAGGUUUUUUGUUUUUACUUUGAUAUAUAUUUAUGAUUGAGAUGGUGAGAACCAUUGUAAGUUUUGAGGUGUUGUAUGUUUGUGUCACUGAAUCUCAUAAAAAUAGUCAUAUAAAACUGACAGAUUUCUUGAUGUUGGAGUAAAGCUUUUCACCUAACUUUCAUUUAAAGAUGUGAACUACUUGUGUGACAGUAUAUGAUGAAAAUAGGUUAAAUGUCUUAGUGUUAAUUCAUUGACUUUAAUUUUUCAUUUUAUGUCUGGAUAUAUUUUUUCUCAUCACUAAUCAUGAGCUUUGCUGUGUACUUUGAAAUUUGUGUGGAUUGAAGUUUAUUUUCAUGAUUAUCUUUCUUUCUGAUAUCCACUGGUUUGGUUCCUGUAAGGACAAGAAAUUGAGGGAUAGAUCAUUUACUGUGCCUUGUGGAAACUAGAGGAAAUGUCUCUUUUCUAUCUCAUAUAAAUGUAAAGGAAUUAUUAUUUUCCAAAGUCCCAUAGACUGUGAUAUUAUUUACAACCUGUAGUGUGAUUGUAUAUUUGAAUUUACACUCUGUCUGACUAAACCUUCACUGUCUGACACUUCUAACAUGGAAGCACUGUUUUUUAUUCAGACUGUAUUCUGUGUUGAUAAAGCAUAGCACACAAUAAAUGGAGCGUACAUAUUCAA